AUGUCUCACUCAAAGAUUCAAGUUCGUAUUCUUGAUCUAUACAAAAGAUAUUUAAAAGCUAUAAAGAAUCAUCCUGAAUCCUACCGCAACUAUGUUAGAGAUUCUUUUAAAGAUGGAGCCAAAAGAUACAAUAAGAAUGACUUUUUAACUGUUGAACAUCAACUUGUUCGUGGAGAACGAAAUUGCUUUUUUUAA